GCGCCCGUCGUAACUUUCUACCUUUCUACCUUUCAAGUUGUGGGCUUGUUACCACCAAUCGCGUCCUCUUUGUGAAUCGUUCUGAGCAGAAUAAUGGUCAUCAUCUUCAUCGCCUUUUCGUUCUGAUAGUAUACGCAGUCGAUCUCACAGAUUCCUCCGGCGCUAUCCAUUGACGCCGCAUAUACGUUAUCCAUGAACACGCAACCACCACAACACUCGCCUCCGCUCAAAUUCAUGUCACUCCCUACUCCACCAUAUAGCCCUUCGCCUAGGGCAACUCCCUCGUUUAAACGCCCACAAAACGUAGUUACCACCGUACCUCGUUUUCUACCAUCGAGAAAAUACACGCUCAACCAAAACGACGAUCCUCUUGAUCUAUUAUGUCGCCAUUUCAACGUUGCAAAGGCAGUCUUCGAACCAGGUUCUCCACUCCCAACAACCUUUGACAUGCAACCUAUCAUGGUUCCUAUUCACGCCGAGCUUUACGCCCAGUGUUUCCGAUCCAACAUACUACCUCAAAGCCCUCCUGGAACGGCGCUUCCAGUCCCAUACUGGGUCCCACCGCUCCGCGCUCAAGUAGUCUCCCUUCCAGUCGUACCAACUCUUGUUCCCCAUGCGCCUUCGAUACCCCUGCUCUUGCUUUAUGUGCUCGGAGUAGAAGUACGAGGCCGUAUACUCUCUUGCAGCCUCCUACCGUCCGAAGUUAUCGAGGAAUUUCCUUCCGUAGCUGCCAUGGCACAGGUCAUGGCGCGAAUAUGUGAUGACGACCAGUUUCACAAAUACCUCAGAUAUAAUCAGGGGCUCUGGAAAAAUAUUCUGGCCUUGGGACCACACGAUACCUCGCUCAUGGAAGUGGUCCAGACCGUGUGGAAUGUCACGGCUGAAGCGCGGCGCAUACGAAAGCACUAUCUAGGCAGAUGAACCGUUGCUGCGGUUGGAGUCAACGACUCGUGCUACAGUUAUCCGAUGUAAUGACCUCGUUUAGUGCAUUUUUUUCUGCUCAACGUUUUCCCCCAAUUGUUUCCUUUACUCACUCUUCUUAUAACUAGCAAAUACGACAUAUACCUUACGAAGAUAACGACCGCCUAAUGCACUAACGUACACAUUCCUUACUACUAUUUCCACAGUAAUUUCACUCCUCGCACAACACUUGACUAAUUGGCAUGCACAGUAUAUAUAAACCGUAUCGUAACAGUAUCGUGAUGACUUGCUGGUAUUUUGCUAUACUUACGCUGAUCAUUUCAAUAAGCAACGUGGUCAAUGGACACAGCAAUCAUUGUUCGGCACCGUUUACUUCAAGAACCGAAUUUCUGAAUAUUAUGGCUCCGAAUCGUUUU